AUGAAGACCAACACCGGCACACCAGUUGCAGUCGCGAUGCUGUUACUUCUUGCGACUUUUGUCUCAGCGCAAGGUCAUUGGGAAGUGGUUGGAUUAACAGGCGUUGCCGCGAUGCACGCCGUUUUAGUGGCUCCUAAUCGAGUAUUGAUUAUUGAUAAAGCUGAACCAAAUCCAAACGCGACCUUGCCAGACGGUACAACAGGCUGGUCAUGCGAAUAUCAUCUGGACACCAACACGUAUCGCGUUUUGCCAUUAAAGACCAAUACAUUUUGUUCUGCAGGAGCUUUUCUCGGGAACGGCACGCUCCUUAGCACUGCCGGUAGCGGUGCAAUUAAACAGGAUAAUAUAAAUGCUCAAAGCGGGUUUGCUGCAAUCAGGCUUUUUCAACCAUGUCAGGACGACAAUUGUUGGUGGACAGAAUUACCGGCACGAUUAAGUGGAUUUAGGUGGUACAAUACUAUGGUUACUCUUCCGGACGGAAGAGUCCUUAAUCUUGGAGGAUCAAAGGUACAAACAGGAGCAAAUAGCGUAUCAACGAAUAACCCAACAUACGAGAUCUAUUCUUCUACCGGAACAAGUGAUGCAUUUCCGAUUCAGUUCUUGAUCGACACGCUUCCAUACAACCUCUACCCCUGCGUGCAUGUCAUCUCUGAUGGUUACUACCAAGGCUAUCUCUUCAUCUUUGCAAACAGACAAUCAGUCAUCUAUGACAUCAAGCAAAACAGAGUCGUCAAAGCUCUUCCCGAUAUCCCCGGCGUUCCGCGGUCCUAUCCUCUAACCGGAUCCUGCGCUUAUCUUCCAAUGACUUUUGAAAACAAGUACAAUCCCCAAGUGAUCAUCUGUGGAGGACAGGCCGUGCAGUCGUAUACCAGUCCGGCAGAUAACACGUGUGGAAGAAUAAAUUUGGGUGAUCGGGAACCGGCUUGGGAAAUGGAUGAUUUCGGUGGUCAAGCAAGAGUAAUGGGCGAUUCGGUUGCGUUGCCGGAUGGAACGAUGGUAUUUGUUAAUGGAGCAGCUGUCGGAACAGCCGGUUAUUACGAGGACGGUCACUACCUUGCAUCUGAUCCAGUAUUGUUUCCGGUAGCCUAUGAUAUGAAUGCACCUAAAGGUCAACGCUGGACGCGUUACGCAGCAACUACCAUUCCAAGAAUGUAUCAUUCGGUGGCCACGUUGAUUCCUGAUGGGACUAUAUGGGUUGCCGGAAGUAACCCUAAUCCCGAACCUCGUCAAGAUGUUAAAUUUAUUACAGAAUACCGUGCAGAGGUGUUCACGCCCCCCUAUAUAAAUCCGUCAAAGCCACGGAUUACCAUAACCUCUUUCGACAGUUCGGCUAUUAACGAGGGACCAAUCAGCGUCAAAUACGGUGCCGAAUAUCAGGUUACGUUUACUAUUGCCAGUGGUGCCAAACCAGGUACUAUUACUUCAUCGUUGAUCAACACUGGGUUCAAGACUCACUCGCAAUCAAUGUCGAUGAGAUGCGUUAAAUUAUUGGUGGGCAAAGUGACUGCAAACUCUGAUGGCAGUUAUAUGGCAACUGUGCAGACACCACCAAACGCGUUUAUCAUUCCUCCCGGACCGCAGUAUGUGUUUCUCUUGAAUGAUGGUCAGCCGGCAAAAACGGCAGUUCAGGUGUCGAUCGGAGCUUGA